UGGAGUUAAUUAGCAGCUAGCUAGCUAGGCAGAAUUAGCAGCAGGGCAUUGAUCAAGGUAGGGACGUGAAAGAUGUCGGGGUCUUACUACUGCAACGUGUCGUACAUGCCAGCGACGGCGGCCAUGGGCAACUUCACGUACGCCGACUCGAGCGCAGAGUUCAGCUUGGUGUCGGGCUCGCUGUUCAUGCUGUUCCUCGCCGGAUUCUUCUCCAAUCUCAACUUGUUCGGCGGCAUGUCGGAGCUGGGCGCCAUCCUCAGCCCGCGGGUCCGCAUCCUCUUCUCCUCCGCGCUCUCGCUCUUCUUCCCGGUCAUGUCCUACCUCUUCUCCGAGGCCAAGAACAUGCCGCUCUCCUCCGGCGGCCCUUCGUCGCCGGACUCCGACCUCAACUUCGUCGCCGGGAUCAUCCUCACCUGGAUGCUCCUCCUGGAGCUCAUCCGCAAGAAGGUGGACGAGAUCGCCAUGCGCGGCUACUCGGGCACCAUCUUCCGGGCUGGCCGCGUUGUCUGGCUCGGCAGCCUCGUCUUCUCCAACAUCCGGAGCCCCGGCCGGAGGGCGGUGUUCGGCAUGUUCUGGGUUCUCUGCGCCACCAAGCUUGUGCAGCGGAUCGCCUUCACCGAGGUCGGCAAGCGCUCCUACAACUGUGGCAAGAACGCCUGGAUCAUCAACUCCUACAUGUUCUCCACGACGACGACGACGGCGGCGGCGGACAAAGACGACCAUGGGGAUGCCAUGCUAAAGCGGUGCAAGUACAUCGUAACGGGAGAGGGAGGGCUGGAUGUCAAAGCCACCGCCGACGGCUACAAGAUCAAGAACGCCGGCCGCUCCUCCCUCGUCACCGUCGGCAGAAUAUGGUCCGAGCUAGAUCAAGAUGAUGAUGAUCGCCGUCGUCGUCGGAGCGGCGGCGGCGGACCUCGCAUCAUGUUCACCCACGCCGACGACCUCAAGAGGAUGUGCCUCUCCUUCGCGCUCUUCAAGCUGCUGCGGCGAAGGUUCGAGCACGUGCCGCCGCCGCCGCCGGAGAUGAGCGGCGCGGAGACCAGCGAGUGCCGCGACAUCAUCUUCAAGGGGGUGUACGACGAGCGCGACGAGGAAGGCACGGCGGUGGCGGUGAUGGACAUGAUGAACGGCGAGAUGAACUUCCUCAUCGAGUACUACCACUCCGUCGUGCCCGUCGCCCUCGCGAGCCCCUUCUUCCUCUUCGUCAACUACUUCCUCCUCCCCAUCGUGGUCUUGGGAGUCUUUUUCAUGACCAUCAUCCUCUGCGGCAAUGGCGACGCCAGCUUCGCCUUCCGCAGCCUCAAGACGGACAACUUCACCCUCCAAUCCACCGCGGUCAACACCUUCCUGUGCCUCCUCCUCAACGCCCACAGCUCGACGAGCGCCUUUUUCGCCAUCGUCAACUUCGCCGUCACCUUCCUCCUCUUCGCCAUGUACCUCUACGAGGAGCUCUGGGAAUUCCUCGUCUUCCUCCUCUCCAACUGGUUCAUGGUGUCGCUGCUUGGCACCUACACGGCCAAGCCCAGCUGGCGCCACAGCCGCGCCUUCCGCGCUUUCUUCCGCUCCAUCCUGUGCCUCCGCCCAUUGAUGGCCUCCUACCCGGCCCUUCGCAUCAAGCAAUUCUCGCCGAUCAACCUUCGCUGGCCGCCACUCACCCUCUCCAUGCCGCCCGCGCUCAUGUCCUUGCUCGUCUCAACCAAGCGCGUGCCCAACCAGAUCAAGCACGCCGUCGUCAAGUCCCUCGCGGCGCACGCCGCCGCCGCCGCCUCGCCGCCCCGGCUUGUUAGCAACGGCAGGGCUGCGCUGGAGGCGGCGAGCCGCACUGACCUGAUGUGGGCGUGCGACAGCGACAGUGUCGCGGAGAUCAUCCUCACGUGGCACGUCGCCACCGGCCUGUUGGAGCAGAUCAGCCGUCCGCCGGAGACGGCGUUGAAGAAGAAGGCGACGAAGAAGACCAAGAAGCUCCGCGACAACUUCAUCGUGGCGACGACGCUGUCCAGGUACUGCGCCUACCUGGUGGCCUUCCACCCGGAGCUCCUCCCCGACUACUACGAGAAGGCGGAGGAGGUGUACGAGGCCAUGAAGACCGAGCUCAAGGACAGGCUCGGCUGUUGCCGCUACUACUUCUCGCCGCCGCGCGCGCGGGCCUGCGCCAUCAUCAACGCGCCGCCGGGCGGGCUCAGGGAGAAGCCCGGCGUCGUGCACGACGGCGCAAGGCUGGCCGCGUUCAUAAAGAGCGAUGGAGAUGCCGAUCUGGAGACGACAUGGAAGCUCCUCGCGGAGUUCUGGACGGAGCUCAUCAUCUACAUGGCUCCAUCCAGCGACGAGGAGCUCGUCAUCGCGCACGAGAAUGUGCUCGGCCAGGGAGGCGAGUUCAUCACCGCGCUCUGGGCUUUGACUGCUCACACCGGCGUUGACCGCGCGCCCAGAAAAUAUUCCGCGUCGUCCGCCCAUGACAAAUCCACGUCGGAUGAAAUCUCGAUCACUCUUACUCCCUAGCUAGCUAGCUGGAAGAAAAUUCUGUGUUUGUUUGUGUUCUUCCACUUAAUUUUCUUUUUUUUCCCCUUCGUUCUUCCCCUUCAUUGAUUGAUUUGAUGUAAUAGUGUAUGUAUAUUACCACUGUCAUUGUGUGAGUACGUGUUACGUGCGUACUACUAAUUUUCUGCUGUAUACGUUUAGUUUUGGAUGUGCU